AUGUUCGCCUCAACCAAAUCCGGCGGGCAGACUCUGCUUCUCUUACCAGCAUACGUCCUUCUCGAAACCAUUCGCGCUAUCCUGACCUACACUGCCAUUCAUUCACAUGUCCCAGUCUCAUCGACGUGCAUCACAUUUGGAUCUGAGUUGGGCAAGCUUACAGUGACCACGAUUUUCCUAUGCCGCUGGAUUCGCAAGGAGGAUAGACAUCUCUCAGUAUGGAGUUUCCUCGCUGAGAUCCGCUCGGUAGCGACCAAUGCGACAUGGAAGUCAUAUCUCGCCUACGCGGUUCCUUCCUUGAUGUACCUUGCCAACAACCUCUUAUAUCUCUUGGGUCUGGAGCUGAGCACGCCUGCAACGCUUCAUAUCACAGUACUUGCAAAGUUGCCCAUUACCGCCAUUCUCCACCACUUCCUCUUCGUACCUCAACGCAAUUUCUAUGCAUGGCUCUCCCUCGCCGCUCUCUGCGUCGGUCUGGUCGGUUCAAACGUUCCUUUGGAUCUGAUCACCUGGAUUGGACUGGCUCCAAAAGGCCAAGCGCCUCCAUUGUCGAAAGAAGCCUUCCUUGGGCCAAUCAUUGGUUUGAUGAUCGCAGUCUCAUCUGCAGGUGCCAGCAUAUAUAUGGAGUUCAUCUUGAAACAACCGGUGGCUUUCUGGGUUGCACAGUUCUGGCUGUACAGCUAUAGCGUCCUCUUCUCUGGUCUUGCGUUCAUAUUCUGGGACGGACAGGUCAAGAGCGCAAAAGCCCCCAAUGCUCCAGUGUUUACACGGGGCGACGUUUUCGCAACACCAGAGGCUAUUUUCGUCAACCUGGCAGUAAUCGUCGCUACUGCUACGACAGGCCUGGUGGUCGCCAAUAUCCUACGCAAACAGGACAACCUGGUCAAGCUGAUCGGCACCUCUCUGAGUAUCGUCACAAUUAUCGUCGGGCAGUGGAUGUUCUUUCCAGCCUUGCGAGCAAAGACAUUCAACGUUCAGACUGUGGCUGGUGCGGGCAUCAUAGCCAUCUCCGUCUGGACCUACCACUAUUACAAGCAAGCGCAACCCCGCGCACCAGGUUCGCGUAUCGAGUAUAGCGACGAACUCGAUUCAGAUUCAGAGAGCUCGAUUCCUCUCACAGGAAAGGAGGGUGACUUGCCGACACCGGACUCGCCUGCACCUGUGACACGGACAAGCAACGGGACCCUCACUCCCACUCUACCACGAGUGGCAGCAGCGAUAUCGGCUGUCGUAGGCCUCAGCAUGGUCACGGCUUUCUUCCAGCAACCCCAACACUUGCACAACGGGCCAUUCACGCGGCCGUUUUCGGUCGACAUCUAUGGAAGCAGGGACGUCGAACGGUUUUUCGUGCCCAACAACGUCACGCCCGCUGUCUGGGGCCAGACGCGAAGAGAGGUGGGCUGUAUCAAGAAAUGGAUCAAGAGUGAACACAUCACGCCAGACACGCAGAAAUUCAAUGACUGGGAAUACUCUUUCUUGGAGUCUGGAUGUCCUGUCUACCCCAUCCCAGACGGAGGAAUGAUUUUCCACCAGUACUGGAAUGGACCGUGGAGACCCUUCCAGGAGAUCACCAUCGACGGUUUUCUCGCCACACAACGCCUUGGCGACGGUCAUCGUUUGAUCUACUGGUACGAAGAAGGAGGACCGACCGAUGCGGUUCGCGCGAAGUACACCACAGGCGAGUACGGCAAGUACGUCGAAUUUCGAGAAUUAAACCGCACCGCCGAGGCAAAGGGAACAUGUCUCGAGAACAUGCGAGAGUGGGCCGAUGUCGAGUAUCAGAAGGAGCUUGAGAUGAAGAAGUCCACAUCCAGCGAUCUGGUCCGUAACAUGCUGCUGGCCAAGUACGGCGGCGUCUGGCUGGAUUCGGAUACGAUUCCACUGGUUGAUUUCACGCCUAUGAUCAGAAGUGGUCCGUCCGUGCCUGCGCUCGGCGGCAGCAACUACAACAACGACAUCCUGGUCUUCGGACCUGCCGUUCCAGACGGUCCCGGUGACAGAGUCCUCCACACGACCUGCGAGAUGCCAUACAAUCACACGCUGUUCGUGGAGAAGUUUGCCAAUCACACUGUAAAACCCGUGUUCUGGUACUGGCUGUACAAUGACGGUCUCUUCAAGCUGUGUUCGAAGAAGGAGUUUGAUUGUGGACUCGCCAAGAUUCCUGUCGAUUAUACGGACGGGUACGCAUUCGCCAUCAAAGGACAGGAGAAGAUGAAGCCCUGCGGGCAAGGAGAGGAGGAGGCUUUUCCGCCGGGGUCGCUGGUGCCCGUGACGCUACGACGGCUGUGGGCAUGGCACAAUAGGAUGGGCCACAGGGAUGAUGAGUGCGUGGACAUUGAGAAGAACACGCUCAUUGGCGCCGUGAGGAGGAGGAUCCGUGAAGUUCUGUCUCACGGGCUGAAGAUGGAGGGGCAGGAUUUGUUCCCUGGACCUUCGGUGCUGAGUCGGAAGAGGUCUCUUCUGGAGGCGGCGGGUAUGCCUGAGCAGUCAUAA